CCGCCACCAGUGAGGCAGUAACCAGCCCCGCCGCCGCCAUCGCCGCCGCCAGCUCGCCCGGCACUGGCGCCACCAGCCAGCAGUCGCUAGUUCGCAUCACAAGGCCGCGGACGCGGCGCCGCCAGCCUGCGUUGGAGGCUCGAGCUCGGUCGCCGCCAGCUGCACCCGCCCGACCUCACCGGCUUGACCUGCCCAGCUACAUCCACGCGACCUCACCGGAGAUCUGCACGUCGCCGACCUCGUCUCCACCGGAUCUGUGUGGUAGCCUUCUUUAUUCUUGAAUUCUCCAGUUCCCAAUGGUUAGGAUUUAGAGCUUGAUGCUUGGAUUUGCAGUGUCUAAAUUGUAUAUGCGCAGAUAGUACAGAGUUGAAUGAGGAUUAAAUCGAGUUGACUCUAUUUGUGAUUGCCCGCUGGUACUGCUUGUUAUGUUUGUUUUCACUAGUAUGUGUGAUGCCAAUAGCUGAUGCCGCUAGUUCACAGUUUAUUUGUGAUGGUCAGUAGCUGCUACGGCCAGUUCAUAGUUCAUUUAUUUAUCCCUUUUUUUAUCUGCAGUUUGUGAUGGCAAACCAUGGUACGGAAACCAACCAAUUCAUGUCCAAUCUCCCUUUGACAUCAUCACACCCCCACCCCACCGUCGGCAAUCCAGGAGAUGAUCAAUCCAUGUCAGAUCUCCACUUGACUUCAUCGCACACCCACUCCACCCUUGGCGAUCCAGGAGAUCAAUUCAUAGAUUUCGAUGAGUCGGAUUGGAUGUCCGUGCUGAAUGAUUCCGGUGAUAGUGGUGUGAAGGAUGCCGAUGUGCUCCCCUCUCCAUCCGAAAUCCGGAUGGAGGGCAUCCCCUCUCCAGGGCUUGCCGCCGACGCGGCAGCGGUGGCUGAAAUUGGUCAGCCCGCGUCUGGCUUGCUCGGGGAGCACAGCCGCCUUACCUCGGCAGCUGUGGCAAAUAAGUUGCCUCCUGCACGCAUGGAACUAUCGGACGGAGUUUGCCGCGACCAAUCCCUCUUCGACAUUUCCACCUCCACGGCUCGUGCGAUGCACCACGCCGGCGCACUGGAUGACAACAGCAUCCGCGGGCCCCACCCAGCCCGGGGCCACUUCCAGCCGGACAUGGGCACGGUCGAUGUCAGAAAUCCGUGCCCUUUCUCUGAGAUGCUGGAGGUAACCAGGCUUCUGGAGGAUUUGCUCAAGGAAAAACCGAGCCAGGAGGAGGCUGACUUUAUCCGCGACAUCAGCGAGUUUCGUAAGUUCAACUACACCAUCGCGCCCAAGGACUACUUGGUGCAACCAUGGGUACACCCAACACGCAAUCGACGCUACAUCACCAGAUUCGUGGCAAAGCUGGAUGAUGAUAAGAAGGCAGGCUACUGGAAGGAAAAAGAGGCCAAAGCGAUCCGUGAUCCGUCGGCCUCAAGAAAUAUUAUAGGAAUGAAGAGGACGCUGGAAUUCAUGAACGGCGGCAAGAGGACGCACUGGCUCGCCGACGAAUACGUUGCGCUCGAGCCGUGGGGUCAUGAUGCCUUGCACAUCCUGGAUGAUAUUGCUGUUCGAAGAGUAUACGAAGAGGGCAAAGAGACAGCACCACCGUCAAAGUGCUCCAAGACCGGUGCUCACAGCAGUGGGGAGUCGUAUAUUUGGCAGCACAUGACAAGAGUUUAUGCCGGGUCAACAGAGGCUCCUUCCUUGCUUUAUGGGAUUUGCCACGAGUGCGAUAAGGCUCUGAAGUGUCCUCCCAAUUUUGGCAACGGGAACCUGAACAGACACCUAGCGCGCGUCCACGACAUUCACCCACCCUGCAAAAACCAAUGUGUGAUGACUGGAGAGAAAGGAGUAGGUAGGAGAGCUGUCAGAGUUUGAGUCCAAGCCUUUAGGCCGGAGUAUGUGUGGGUUUGCUCAUGAACUCAGGUUUUGUAAAUAUUUAUUGUUGAUUUCGCUCUUUCUCUGUAA